GGCCUCGCGCCACCCGCUGGGAAGCGUAGCCCCGCUCGGAGUCGGCGUAGCGUGGGCGUGCCUGCGCCCUUGGGCUCCUCCGCGUCCCAGGAAGGAGGCGGCAGGAGGCGGGUCCGAGGGAGAGCGUACGGGGCCGUGGUUCGUUACUCAGGCGGCAUGGCAGCUCUGGGCUCAGUCAAGUUCCUGCUGGCCGCGUCCCGGCGCUGCCUCCUCCUCGCCGUCCCGAGGGGAGCCGGGCGGACGGGCCGGCCCGGGGAGCAGCUGCAGGGGAGCGCCGCCUGCCCGCGGGCUAGCCGGAGCUUCACCUUGUCGGCGCCGAGCCGGCGCAGCUCAGAAGAUAAAAUAACCAUUCAUUUUAUAAACCGUGAUGGUGAGAAAUUAACAACCCAAGGAAAAGUUGGUGAUACUCUACUAGAAGUUGUUGUUAAUAAUAAUCUAGACAUUGAUGGGUUUGGUGCCUGUGAAGGAACAUUAGCUUGUUCCACCUGUCACCUUGUCUUUGAAGACCACAUAUUUGAAAAGUUAGAAGCAAUUACUGAUGAGGAGAAUGACAUGCUUGAUCUGGCCUACGGACUAACAGACACAUCACGCUUGGGCUGCCAGAUCUGUUUAACAAAGUCUAUGAACAAUAUGACUGUCCGAGUACCUGAAGCAGUUGCUGAUGCUAGGCAAUCCAUAGAUCUGGGCAAGAACUCGUAAACUGCAGUCAAUAAGAACAUUUUCAUGGAAUAUUACCUAGAUUUUUGUAACUAUAGUUUAUGUAAUUAAAUGAGAACUUGCCAAGUAGAAUUUGUUGCUAUUCCUAGCUUUGCUAUUUUAAUUUACCUUAUAAAACUACCACAUUUUGUAAUUCUUAAAAAUUAUGCAGCCUUUUUAUUUUGGUUAAAUUUCAGAUUGUCUAACAAUUAUUAUAAAAAUUCACAGCUUAUUACUUUACAUUUGUGUAGUGUCUUCACCUUUUCAAAUUGCUUUUACGUUACCUCAUUUUAUACUCAUUAUGCCCUAUGAGUAGGUAAAUCAGAUGGUAUUGUCACUACUUGAAAUGUGCUGAGGCACAGAGCAGUGUGAUGUGGUGUCCAGAACAGCUAGUUAGUACAGAGCUGAGAUUAGAACAUAGGUCUCUUGACUCCUUGACUUUUUCUAGUAGACUGUUCACCAUCAGAUUAAAUAAAACAGGAGAAAUUAUAAAUAUUCUAUUAAGAAUAAUUUCUGAGUAUAUGUAUUAGUGCAGAAGAACACAUAACUGCUCAAUGAGCUGCUUCAUUUUCUGAAUAACAUGUUAGAACAGAUAUAAAGAUAAUUGUCAGCCUCUUAAUAUGAUCUUUUAGAAUUAUGAACAUUUAGGAUAGUUUGAAUAUAGGUGCCCUAUGACAAGUCUGCUCUUGAUACUAAAAAAUGGAGGAAUACUUUAAAGCAAAGUGUAAUUUUUUCUUCUUUUCUAAGUAACAUAAUAAGAAUGUUUGUAAUCUUUCCUAAGUGUUUGAUUUGUAAAAUUCCUUAAGAAAGGAUGGAAUCCUUUUAAAAUUCAGCCUUUUUCCACAAAGCCAGAGAAGAAAAAAAGGAAAUAAUUUUAAUGGGCAUUGCAAUAUGUUGGUUAUAUAUGGAAGCAAAUUGGAAUUUUCAUUUUGCCAUACAAUAAAUAAAUUCAUUAGUAGGUUACACAAUAUAGCUUUUGGAACUGGAGUAAAACCUUAUGAAUCUGAAUUAAUUGAGGGGAAAAGCUAACUUUAAAUUAAUAUCAGUUUUAAAGAAAUACAAGAUUAUUACCUUAAGCCACAUGUGGCAACAUGAACUAGUGUUGCUUAAUAAAGUUAUUUCCAUAUUUGUUUAAUAUAUAAAAAUUUGUAGCUAUAUUGUUAACAUAUGAAUGAUGCUUUUAAAGGGCUUAAAAACAAUUUAAUUAUAUUAAACAUUCUUCUCCUGCCCUUGCUUACCCUGUUGAUUUGCCUAGCAAUCUCUUUGUCAAUAUCUUGAAAUGAACUUCAUUCUAAAUAGUAGCUAAGUUUAUCACACAUUCCAAAUUAGUGGGGUCCAAAUUAAAAAGGUUUCAUUGAAUUCAUUUGAGAAUCAUAAGAUUGAAGAAUUGGGGAGAAUCUGCAAGGUAACCUCAUCUAACCCCCCUACCUGAAUCAUGAAUUGCUUCUUAUCUGAUGCUUGGAGACCUCUAGUGAUUAAGAACUUUAUUGCUUAGCAAGCAUUUUUGACAGCUCUAAUUGUUAAGAAGUGCUUCUUAUUUUCAACUGAAACCUGCUUCCUUAUAACUUUUACAACUCCAGGUCCAAACAAAACAAAAUCUUUUACUGAUUUUCAUAAAAAUCAUGGCACUCCAUUUUUAAAAAUUUGAGGCUUGCAUUUAUAGAGAUAAAUUAAUUUUUAAAGAGCUUAAUUUUGGAGUCUUUCAUCCACAUAUAAAAAAAUCUGCCUUUUUUCAUUAUCAUUGGACUCAUUAGCUGACCUUUUUCUUUCUCAUUUUAACAUUUUGAAAGAUCAUUCAUGGUGGUUUAUUUUGGUUUUGUAGAGAAUAUUUAGUUUUAAUUUGAAGAGCCUAACAUUUCUUCUCCUCUAGCACAGUACUAUUGAUUUAAAUGGCAAGGGCUGGGAGAGAUGUACUUCAAUUCCAUGCAGCCUGAAGUUGUAUUUCCUGGCCACUGCUUGAUUAAAAACCUAUUUCAGAUUCUAUGAAAUUCUGCCAAAUUUAAGCCCCACUUUUUCCUCUGCAUACACUAACACACUCAACAAAACAACAUAGAUUUCUUUUCUUAUGCUGUACUUAUUUGAUGCAAUCCAAACCACAUAAUGAUUAGGUUUCAUUGUGCUGAUAUGGACAAACUUUCCUAUUCAAGCAACAAUGUUUCUUCCACUAUAGCUUUGUAUGAGAGCAACCGCCAGUAUCUGAGACGAGAUCACAUAGUGCAUAGAUGACAAGCCUGGGAGUCAUAAAGUCUUGCCUUGGAUGCAUACUGGAUGUGUGGUGGUGGGCAAGUUAUUUAACCUCACAAGUGCCUACGUAACUCAAUAAGCUUAUAAAUUAUGUGCAAUUUACCAAUCUGUUUCCCCUUUGAAAGGAAAGGUCUGAGCUGGGUAACCUGUAUGGUCCUUCUAAGCUCUUAAUCUGAUGUAUCUGGGAUUUGAGUUGGUGAAAGGAGUUUAUACACUGACAGUUUUCUUAACUGAUAAAAUCACAGAGCCAAAGAAGAAGUGUGAUUAUUUUAAUAAUUAUGUGAUAAUAUUGUGUUCUCACAGUUUUAAAAAAAAUUGAUUUAAUAUAUAUCAUGUAUGUUCACAGUUUCACGGUGCAAUUAUAAUUUAACAUCAUAGCAGCUAUUUAACAUGAAUGUUUCAUUUUUUACGAUUAUAGGGAAGAAUGUCUAGUAAAAGCUGUUAAAAAUACAGUUUAAUGUAACAUUUUAAAAAAAUUUUGAUGAUUAUACUUUUCCCAUUUUUCCUUUUUUUUCCUGUUGAUUGCUUUUUAUAAACUUUUAACUAUUUGAAAUUUGUGAUAAACCAUGUCUUGGAUCAUCAGUUUUCUUAAAUGGAAAGACUUUUUUUUCUUCACUAUGAAUAAGAAUAUCUUAAAAAUUUAAGAACUGUGUAUCUGAAUAAAGUAUAUAACACUUAAAUAUUA